AUUACUGGGGUAGUACGUAGUUGGUGGUCGGUAUUAAAGAAUUUAGUUUACUGUCAGUACUCUUACUUUUGAGAUGAUAAUAAAGAAUUUAGAUUUUUGGGUUUGGGAAUUUACACAGGCGGCCAUAUUAUAUUGUUGUUGUCAUGGAUGCCUCAACUCCCAACAGGCUUAGUAUUAAAAAGGAUUGUUUUUGGGGUGGAGAGAGAAGAGAGAUCUCAAAUCAAAAUCCUAAUCCUAAUCCUAAUCCGAAUCCUUUGCAGAGCUAUGGAGGAAGGAGGAGAGGGAAGGGUUUAUUAGUAGUUGUUGUCUGUGGUUGGCGUUUUUUUUGUUAUUUAUUUUUUGGGUUUUUGUUGGUUUCUUGCUUCCCUCCCUCCUUCGUCUCUGCUUCGCCACCAACCGCCAUUUUUGGGACUUCUCCGCCGCCUAUAAAUCCCGGCCGCACGGGUGGAGUUGUUGUUGUUGUGGUUAUCAGUGUUUCUGUGGUAGUUUUGGUGUCUGUUAUGGCGAUUUUUGGGUGUUUGAGGAUGAAGGCGCGGCGAAGGGCGGUGGUGGAAGGGGAGGGAGUGGAGGUGGUGGUGGCCGGAGAAGGGGAGAAAGGGUCGGCGGCGGCGGCGGUGGCGGUGAGGAGGUUUAGCAGGGAGGAAGUGGGGAGAUUGGCGGCGAAUUUCGCGAGGUCGAGGGUGAUAGCGUAUGGAGGAUUUAGUACUGUUUAUCUCGGGAAGUUUACCGAUUCUACGCUGGCGGCGAUGAAAAUCAUCGACGGGAGCAGCGAGCGCCUCCAGAGAAUAUUCCGUCAGGAGCUGGAGAUUCUCCUGAAGAUUCGCCACGACAACAUCGUCAAGAUCCUCGGAUUCUCCGAGGACGAGGAACAAGGAGCUCUGGUUCUAGAAUACGUCUCCAACGGCACUCUCCACGAUAAACUCCACUCAUCCAAAACCUCCCAUCUUCUCCCAUGGAAGAACCGAAUCACCAUCGCCGUACAGCUCGCCGGAGCCCUAGACUACCUCCACGAACACUGCGAUCUCCAGAUCGUCCAUGGCGACCUCAAAGCCGCAAACAUCCUCCUCGACUCGCGCCUAAACUGCAAGCUCUGCGAUUUCGGGUCGGCGAAAAUGGGAUUCUCCUCCACCGUUCUCCCGCCGUCGUCCCGCCGCAUGGUCCAGAUGAUCGGCUCUCCGGGCUACGCCGACCCGCAUUUCUUGCGAACCGGGAUCGCGUCAAAGAAGAAUGAUAUCUACAGCUAUGGAGUCAUCUUGCUGGAGCUAAUCACGGGGCUUGAAGCUCUCUCGCCGGACAAUAAUGUCAGGCUGAUAUCGAAAGUGGGUCCGGUGUUGAAAGAUGCGUCGAAGGUUGCCGGAAUGGUGGACCGGCGUCUCGCCGGAGAAUAUGAACUGGAAGAAGCCAUGGCUAUGGCUUCCCUGGCGGCUUUGUGCCUCAGUGAUCCUCCCAGCUUGAGGCCAUCUGCUUCGGACAUCAUACAAACCAUGAAGAAUUGUGUUUCUUCGGUUACUUUCCCAUCUUCGACGGAUAAAAUGUUGUGAUCUGAGAAUGUAAUUUUUAGAAUGUUAGUUUGUGGUGAAAACUUGUGCUGAGUUUGAGUAGUCUCACUGUAGAUUAAUGUAUAGUGAAAUUAAGGCACAGUUUUACUAUACACAAAUUUCUACCCAUAAAGCACGGUCUGCGAACUGGGUUGCCGAUGCUUUAGUUAGGAAAUUAAAUCUGUUACGUUUCUUGAUUGGGAAGAGUGGAUUUGUACCUCUCCUGUCUUUAUUUUGAAUGCCCUUAGAGCGGAUUUAACGUCUUAAAGAAGCUCGUUUGCUUUCAAUAAAAAGACGACGUAUUG